ACUCAUUCAGUGUUCAUCCCUUCAUUUUAGCUCUCCAAAGAGUUGCUGUGUCAGGCUUCUGAUGUGGAUGCCUGCAGAUCAUUUUCGGGCAACUCACCAGAGGACUGUGAUCAUGAUCUUGUCCCUGACAAAAUGUCAAGUUUAGAAAAAUGUGUUUCAUGUGGAGGACCUUUUGCACCUCUGAAAUGGAGUGGUGUGAGAUGUAAAGUUUGCAACCAGUCCUGGCACAAAAAGUGUUAUGUUAAACACAAGGUGGACAUCACUGAACUUCUGCAAGUGGUCUGUACAGAACCAAGUUCAAGUGAGGUGGUAUCAUCAGAAGAGGAGUAUGUUCCUGAUUCCAUAGAUGAUUCAAACAGCUCGUGCGAUGACAGAUCAGAGCCUUUAAAAAUCAGUUACAAACAAGUACAGAAUUGUGAGGUCUCCACCAGCAAGUCUUCUUCCAAAAACAAAAGACACCACCAAGAAAGUUUUGUAGAGGAAAACAGAGAGCCCGUUUCUGAAGCUGCAGAAUCAUCAACUGAAGAUAUGAUCAGCACAAGUCAGCUUGAAGUAUCAAGAGUUACUGGCAAUAUAGGAAACGCUGAUGCCGAAGACAUAUUUGUUGAUGAUGGUGCUGAUGCUAUGGCUGAAAAAGUCUCAAACACGUCAUCCUUGCUCAGAAAUAAAACUUACUGCUACAUUUGUGGGAAACUACAGACAAAGUUUACACGUCACUUAAAAACUCACGAGAAAACACAUGCAGAUGUUGCUCAAGUUUUAAGUCUUCCCAAGAGGUCCAAACAACGUAUGAAAAUGCUUAUAAAGCUUCGCAACAAGGGAAACCACAAGCAUAACUCAGAGGUCUUGGCGAGUGGAGUUGGAUCACUAAAACUAAGACGCACAUCAAAGAAAAAGUACAAUGCAAAAGAUUACAUUCACUGCAUGUACUGCCAGGCAUUAUAUCUGCGACGAGAUCUUUGGCGACAUGUUCGAAAAUGUUCUUCAAAAGCAGUAGAAGCCACUUCAGAGAUUGGAAGAAAAAAAGUUUUGUCUUUGGCCUCUAUGAAUGAGUCAGCUUUGUGUCAGCAGAUAUCACCAGGUGUUUGGAGCGUGUUAGCUGUUAUGAAAGAUGAUGAAAUAACUUCUACUGUGCGAAGUGACUUCUCUAUUCUUCAGCUGGCCCAAUCAUUCUUUAACAAAUAUGGACAGGAUCCCACCAAAUAUGACUACAUUCGCCAGAGACUCAGAGAAUCUGGAAGACUCCUGCUCACGCUUCGCAAGGAAUUCUCAAUACAUAGUCUUGAGGAUGCUGUGAGACCUGAAAAUUUUGAUGUGGUUAUCAAAGCGGUCAAGAAAGUAUCCGGGUAUGAUGAAGAAAAGCACUGCUACCGUACUCCAAGCCUUGCUCUAAAGUUAGGUCACUCACUACAGAAAGUCAGUGAUAUUUUACAUUGCAGAGCACUCAUGGCACAAGACAGUACGCUGAUAAAGUCAACCCAGAGUUUCAAAACUCUCUAUGCUACAAAGUGGUCUGAACUCAUCUCUCACACCGCUUUAACUACGUUGAAUGAGCAGCAGUUUAACAAGCCCUCCACUCUUCCUUUCACCGAAGAUGUUCAGCGUCUUCACAGACAUCUGGAGAAGACUACAGAACAAGCAUUGAAGGACUUGGAAGACAAUAGUUCACCAAAAUCAUAUAGUGAACUGUGUAAAGCCACCAUGGCAAAUAUAAUACUUUUUAACAGAAGAAGAGGGGGAGAAAUUUCAAAGAUGACAAUGAAUGGCUUUCUGGAAAGAGACACAAGUCCCCUGCAUAAGGACUCGUGUUGA